UGGAUGGAUGUGGGUGGAUAGAUGGAUGGACUAAUGGAUGGAUGGAUGGAUGGGCGUACUGAUGGACGGACGGACAAAGGGCUCCGUUGAAGGUCCAUUGACCUCAGAUGGUGGACCUAGAACAGUGUCUGAGUUCUACUGGUUCUUUGCAGACGUUCCGUCUGAGCGCUGGUUUGGUUGGUCGUUGCUGAAGCGUUUCUUCCUCUCUGGGGUUUCCAAGUUUCUCCUAAACUGGUGUUUGUGGAGAAACUCUGCAAACUUUUCCAGUCUUCACAUUUGACGAUGUUUUGUCACAAAGGACAUGAAUUAGCAUAGCCGCACGAAAACAAGUUGGAGGCUUUUGUUGUGCUCAUGUUGUGCAUGAAUAUUUAAUCCUCAUUUUCAGAUUCUUCUGAGUGACAGGUCACAUCAAAGGACGCUGUCUGAUUGAUGGCAGAGAUCAAAGACAGACAGAACUUUGCUGCAUACUUAACUGUUAUCUGCUGGUUUGAUCAUGAAAUCAACAUGUUCUGAAGACGGCCCGACUCCUUUUGAUGGUUCAAGUCUGUCGUUUACAUUAUCUUUGAGUGGCUCUUUCUCCAAACCGCCAUCAGUCUGAUCAGAACCACCAGAACCAGGUGUGGUUCCUUUCAGUUUGGUAGAAUGUUGAGAAUCCUGAUGGUCUUUGAACAAUCAAAUCUGAAAGGAGAACUGAGGGCAGGUCUGCAUCAGUCCACCCCCCCAUGGACAGUCCAGCCCCUCCCAUCAGCGACUGAAUCUACACAGAACCAGCAGCCACCAGUGGAAGACUGCGCAGAAUCAGAGGUUCUAGAGGUCCAGCCUGAGAUGAUGUGAUGCUGAGAAAACACGGACCUGGACAGAACCAGGAUCUUAUUUUCCAGUUCUAGUGACAGAACAGAACCUCUGAGGAAGCAUUCUUUCUGGAUCCUCCAUAUGAUCCAGUCAGAACCAGAGCCACGCUCCAUGCAGGGUUCAGAUCUGGUUCUGGGAGCAGUGCCCAGAGACUCGCCUCAUGUAAAACGCCCCGCCUGUUUCAACCAAUCAAUGGCUGUGCUCUCACCGUGUGAUAGGCGGAUGCUGGGGGGGUGCUGCCCCACCCUCAUCCUCCACACACUAAAUAGGCCCGUCACCCCCACACAGCCCGUCAGACUCGCAGCAGGUCAGUGUGAACGAGUCCAAAUCCAGUCUGAUCCAGAUCCUGAAAAGCCUCUCUGACCCGUCAGGACCUUCUGCCGCGGCUGUGAUGACACCUUGCUGGUUCUGGAUAACCACCUUGGUUCUGGGAUGGUUCUACCCAUCCGCCAUCGGCCAGCACGACCGCAGUUUUUCGGUUCCAGACCACGGUCUCUGCCAGUCCAUCUCUGUCCCGCUCUGCGCGGACCUCGCCUACAAUCAGACCAUCAUGCCCAACCUGCUGGGUCACUUCAGCCAGGAGGAUGCUGGGAUGGAGGUGCACCAGUUCUUCCCCCUGGUUCAGGUCCAGUGCUCGGCGGACCUGCGGUUCUUCCUGUGCUCCACGUAUGUCCCGGUGUGCACGGUUCUGGCAGAGGCCAUCCCCCCCUGCAGGUCUCUGUGUGAGAGGUCCCGGCAGGGCUGCGAGCCGCUCAUGAACAGGUUCGGGUUCCAGUGGCCCACAAAGCUCGGCUGCCAGAACUUCCCGGCUUACGGCACGGGGCAGAUCUGUGUGGGGCAGAACUCCAGCGACAGUUCUGAUCCGAACCUGGAGCUUGAGACCAGAAAAACCAGCCCAGCAUUCUCCUGCCCUCUGCAGCUCCAGGUGUCCCCCCACCUCCACUACUCCUUCCUGGGGGUGAAGGACUGCAGCGCCCCCUGCGACCCCUCCAGACCCCACGGACUGAUGUACUUCACGGAGGAGGAGUUACGGUUCAGCCGCCUGUGGGUGGGAACCUGGGCGGUCCUGUGCUGCUGCAGCACCCUGUUCACCGUCCUGACCUUCCUGCGGGACCCCAGGCGGUUCCGGUACCCGGAGAGGCCGGUCGUCUUCAUGUCCGCCUGCUGCUUCAUGGUGGCAGCCGUCCACGCCGCCGGCUCUCUGCUGCAGGACAGAGUGGCGUGCUUGGACCAGGACAGGGGGUACAAGGUGGUGGUCCAGGGCACCCAGGUGGAGCUGUGCACGCUCCUCUUCAGCGUCCUCUAUUUCUUUGGCAUGGCCGGCUCCCUGUGGUGGGUGGUACUGUCCCUGACCUGGUUCCUGUCUGCUGGGAUGAAGUGGGGCCAUGAAGCCAUGGAGGGGCUCUCGCUGUACUUCCACCUGGCGGCCUGGGCCGUGCCGGCAGCGCAGACCUUCAUCGUCCUGGUGACCGGGCAGGUGGACGGGGACCUGCUGACCGGUCUCUGCUCAGUAGGAGUGUACAGUCUGGAUGCGCUGCGGGGUUUCAUCCUGGUCCCGCUGUCCGUCCACCUGGCGGUCAGCGCCGGCCUCCUGCUGGGCGGCUUCGUGUCGCUGCUGCGCGUUCGCCUCAUCCUGAAGGUCAACGGGAACCGCACAGAGAAGCUGGAGAGGCUGAUGGCGCGCCUGGGCCUGUUCAGUGUGCUGCACGCCGUGCCGGCGGCGGCCGUCGUGUGCUGCCACGUCUACGAGCUUCGGAUGCGGCCGCACUGGGAGACCGCGUGGCGCGUGAAGACCUGCGCCUACUUUGACGUCCCGUGUCCAACAGAAAACACCCGGAACGUCACACCGGACCUCAGCGUGUUCCUGAUAAAGGAGUCCAUGACCAUGAUUGGAGGCGUCACGUCGGGGGUUUGGAUCUGGUCCUGGAAGACCCUGCAGUCCUGGAGCUGCUGCUCUCAAAGACCAAGCACACGAGGAUCCAAGUCCAACGGUUCUGGUAAACCACUGAGGUUCUGCUGCAAUAAAGAGCCGUUUGAACUGGAAUGAUGUGGUUCCAGGAAAGAACAGACAUUCUAAUUUGAGGUUUUUAUUUAUUCAUCAAGGUGGGUUAAAAGCAGCCGUUCAUGUUUGUAUUUGGACCUUUGAAAUCACAGAUUCUGCUGAGUCGGCACCAGACAAAAAUGUGUUUCUGUUUCUAAGAAAAAUAAAAACGGAUCAGAACA